GUAUUCGCCAAAGUAUUUGGUGCCGUUAUGCGCGUGCAGGCACGACAGGCCGCGCGCUCUCGUGGACGGCAUUCGCUUUCCCCCGAGGAACGAUCCGAGGCGUAAAAGCGGCCGGAAUAGGGCUAGUCGUCGCAGUUAGAGCCAAUUCAAAUCUGAGAACAAGAACGAGAAGAAAGACUAAACUCUCCACGAUUGGGAUUGUCCCUCUUGAACUACAUUUUUGCUUUUUUAGGAAGGAGCCCGGUCGUCGUACAUCUAUAUCAUCUUACCUUUUCAUACAUUGCCGCGCGGUUCUUUUACUUGUUCACAAUCAAAAUGCCUGCCGCCCCGACCGCAGCUACCAAGCUGAUCACUCUGGACACGGCUGUCCGCGCAGCCGCACAGCGGAGGCAGCAACUACAUACGCCAACUGUCGCCCCGCAAGCAAAGAAUGACACGCAUGAUCCGCAGCAUAAGCGGCCCAAUCCGCAGACUGUCCAGCCUGGCGGGGUGUUGUUUUUGCCGUCACCGACAAGCGCCGCGACAAACCAGCGCCUUCAGCUGCACGAAGUACACACUCCAAAAAGUCGUCGUGCCAUUAGCCUGGAACAAGAUGAAGCAGGAAAAAAGGAUGCGAAGGAGCAAGGCCAUCCACCUAAUUCCAUGCUCACUCCCACACCCUGCCGCGCAAAAAUGCAAAGCAGAUUGUCCAGCAGAAACAAAGUCGACACUUCUGAGGACCACAAACACAACAGUACCAGGGACUCCAUCGCAUCAACCACAUCCACACAAAAGGAGAAGCGUCUCUCGACGCAAAUUCAUCAGAACAACAAGCAGCUAUCCACAGUAAAUUUCCCGUACGCGUACAAUUGCAGUCUCUGCAUGGCAAAACUUGCCAUCAGUCCUAGUCUAGCAUGACAAGUUGGACAGUGCAAGUUGGCGCAAUUUGUCAUGCAUUUUGUACAUGUACGGGAAAUUUACAGUGCAUAGCAGCAAGAUCCCCCACGGAUGAACGACUACUCCGACGUGCUAACCGGUUUGACCGGUUAUCAAAUGUGAAAAUGUCUGGGUCUGGAAACUUGUGAUGCUGGGUGGCGUCUCAUGAUGAGCCCACAAGUGCUGGCUCAGCAUGACAAGUUUCUGAGCUUCUAGGUGUUGCCCAAUCUGCAUGACAAACUGCGUUUCUGCAUCACAGAAAAAUGGAGCUCUUGGGUAACGUGCAUGACAGAUUUAAGAGUCAUGCCAGACAAGCAUGACAAACAUGCAGUCUUCCAGACCCAGACACUUUUGCACUUGAUACCGGUUCGCAGGGGUCCAUCUCCCUAGUCACCGCUCUGUUGGCUGGUUUCGCGUUUGCAGGUCUCUCCUCCGUCAGCCGGGAGGACUACGAAACCGGGCCGGCGUGGGCCUCGUACUCCUUUCCAGUGGUCACAGGGAUUUCCAUUGCCUUGUCCCUGUACACGAGCGUGUGUUGCGCAAUUUUGGAGCAGCAAGGGCGAAUCGCAAAGGCGUUGGCAGUCGCGAGAGGGGAAAACACGGUGGCGAGGGUGAAAUACGAGCAGCAGUUGGAAAAGUGGUACAUUUGUAAUCUCCGAAGAUGAAAAAGCCUACCGCGCAUUCGUGGAUAUGAUGCGUGAAUGUCGUGACCAUUCGGUCGGUGUUUAGUUUCUUCAAUGACCCGCUUCGAUGUGAGUACUUCUUCUGUUUUCAUUUUUGUUCUUUGCGGGAGUUGUCUAUGUCUUCAACAUGUCAUAUCAAUCUACUCCAAUCACGACAUAAAUGAUCUCGAUAGGUAUGGCGAAGAUUCGUUUCGCACGUGGCGCACGCAGCUGGUUUGGGUUUUCAUGUACGGCUCCCCGUCCUUUGCGGUUUCCAUCGGACUGAUGUGCGUCAUCAAAAUGCCCCUGGUCCAGGGCCUGAUUUGCUUUGCCGUGUUUGCGGUCCUCGGCGUUUCCAUCAUCUCCACCCUGCUUUGGUUAAACCGACCCUUCCGCGUGAAAGUUUUGUGUCUGGCAGCCACCACGCACGCCGCCCCUUACGAAAGUGUAGAUAAGAAGAGCCCCGCGAUGCUGUUGUUCUCUGAGCGAUGGGUAAUAAUUGUUUUCCUCGUGCUCGUUCGUGACGCAACGUCACACGCAUGAUUCCUGCGCUGCCGCCGGGGCUUUUUGGCUGCGUAGUUUGCAUGGAAAGUUCUUGGUCCGCGGGUGGAAUUGGAAGGAGCGGCCAAAAGAACAGAUUUGUAUAGUUUUUCUACAGCCCGCCCGGCAUGAUGUGUUGUUUUGUAGUCAGGGGGAAGCUGUAUCUUUCAGGUCGUGUCUGUUACUCCUGGAUAUUGUGAGUGUAAUGUCAACGAGGGAACAUAGGGGGUCCUCUUGUCCACGCCUCCAUACACUCCGGGUGAGCAACAUGAGCGACGAAGUGGUCCGAUUGGAAAUGAAGGAGCGACGCGAGUCGGAAUUGAGCGUCGGGAAUCUGCACGCUGUGGAUGUUGAAGACGGGGAAUUUUUCGGGGGAAAUGACGCAUCAAGUCGAGAUUGAAGUAAAAGUAAUUGAAAAUGAAAUUUGGAGGCGCGCGGCAAAGAUAGAAGUGUUGGAGAACAAGUUGCGGCUCCCCCACUCGGAGGAUGACCCGUGCGGCCAAGAGCUGGCGUAUGGAGAAAUUCAAUAUAUCGAAUAUAGAUUUGAGCAUGAGUUUGAGUUUCUAUUUCUCGUCUGAGCGUAGAAGCACGCUUAACAUUAACAGUGCUUCGUUGUAAGUUUCGAAGAAAUCGGCACUUUUCUGCGGGUUGGUGCCGCGCUGGAAGACUUUAUACCCUUUGAUUGUAUGAUACGGAUCUUCACAUACCAAAAGCCACGUAGUUGUACUCAGCAGAACAUUCGAUGAUGACAAAGACAAUUGUACAAAAGUAGAAUACUUAGCGUUAAGGUGUGAUGUUGUGCGAAGUGUAUGAUGUUAAAGACAACUACCCCUGUUGCAAAAUUAUACGUCUGAGCGGCAGCAUGGUAGACAAAAAGAACCUGACUACUACGCAUACGCGAGACAUCGCUAUGCUCCUAACGUUCUUCGUCAAAGCUCAGGAUCACACCAGUCGCACUUAUGGUUCGAGUGGGGUAUGUUCAUCGCUCGACGGAGAAAGCAAAGGCGCAGCAUUAUCGUGACAUUUUGUACGUUUCACUACUUUAUUUCAUUCGUCGUCCGCCUCACAGCAGACUCUCACAGCAGUAAACUACCUAAGUGCGACUUUCUGCUAGAAGUGACAGCCAAUUUAGAACCGCCCUCCCCCUCCUUUUCUGCAGCGAUACGAUCCAAACAUACAACUCAGUGGCUGUAGAUGAUCUCUU